AAAAUUCAUAACGAAAGGCCGCCAGUCAGACUCCCCACUAGCUAGAAGCCAAAACCAAGACCAAGUUACCAACCUCCCCCUUCCUCCUCCUUCUGCUCCUCCUCGCGACGCAGCCAUGCCUUCGCUCUCAGUUGCUAUCUCUCACUCUCCGCACAUUUUGUCACCGAACUCAUUGGCUCGCGACACGAAGACGAAGAAGAUCUGCCAAUCGCAAUACCGUUCAUUCCCCCUUCCUCUCCGUUCUUCUAUUUUCCGAAUGGGUUUUGUUUCUUGUCGGGGAAGCAAAGAGACUUCAAAUACUCGUAUCUUUACUUCAGUUACAGAUGUUUUACUGGAUGAAUCAGCGGAAGAAGUUCAGCUUCCCAAAGGUGACACGUGGUCUGUUCAUAAAUUUGGUGGUACCUGUGUUGCAAGCUCAGAAAGAAUUAAGAAUGUUGCGGAUCUCAUUGUUGAGGAUGAUUCAGAAAGGAAGUUGGUGGUUGUCUCUGCAAUGUCAAAGGUCACAGAUAUGAUGUAUGACCUCAUCGAAAAAGCUCAAUCACGAGAUGACUCCUACAUAUCUGCAUUGGAUGCUGUUUUAGAAAAACAUAGAUCAACUGCGCUUGACCUACUAGAUGGGGAUGAGCUUGGCAGUUUCUUAUCACAGUUGCAUCAUGACAUCAGUAACCUCAAAGCAAUGCUUCGUGCAAUAUAUAUAGCUCGUCAUGUAACAGAAUCUUUUAUGGAUUUUGUUGUUGGACACGGAGAGCUGUGGUCUGCUCAGAUGUUGUCGUCUGUUAUUAGAAAGAAGGGAAUGGACAGCAAAUGGAUGGAUACAAGAGAAGUCCUUAUAGUAAAUCCUACUAGUGCUAACCAAGUUGAUCCUGAUUACUUGGAAUCAGAAAAAAGACUUGAGAAAUGGUAUCACCAAAAUCCAUCUAAGAUAAUCAUUGCGACAGGUUUUAUUGCCAGCACACCGCAAAAUAUUCCUACUACCUUAAAGAGAGAUGGGAGUGACUUCUCUGCUGCCAUCAUGGGUGCUCUGUUCAGGGCCCGUCAAGUCACAAUUUGGACAGAUGUUGAUGGUGUGUACAGUGCAGAUCCCAGAAAAGUCAGUGAGGCAGUAAUUCUCCAGACGCUGUCUUAUCAAGAGGCAUGGGAAAUGUCAUAUUUUGGGGCGAACGUGUUACACCCCCGUACCAUAAUUCCAGUGAUGCGAUAUAACAUUCCAAUUAAAAUAAGGAAUAUUUUCAACCUCUCCGCUCCUGGAACAAAGAUUUGCCACCCUAUGGUCAAUGAAGAAGAUGGCCAAAAUGGGGAGUCUCUUGUCAAAGGAUUUGCAACAAUAGACAAUUUAGCCCUUGUAAAUGUUGAGGGAACUGGAAUGGCUGGUGUUCCAGGUACAGCUCAUGCUAUUUUUGGUGCUGUAAAAGAUGUGGGAGCUAAUGUUAUUAUGAUAUCUCAGGCUAGUAGUGAGCAUUCUGUGUGUUUCGCUGUGCCCGAGAAGGAAGUAAAUGCAGUUGCUGAGGCAUUGAAGUCUAGAUUUCGUCAAGCUUUGGAUGCUGGGCGUCUAUCUCAGGUUGCAGUUAUUCCAAACUGUAGCAUUUUAGCGGCUGUUGGCCAGAAAAUGGCAAGUACUCCUGGUGUUAGUGCCAGUCUUUUCAAUGCACUGGCAAAGGCAAAUAUUAAUGUUCGUGCUAUAGCUCAAGGUUGUUCUGAGUACAAUAUUACUGUGGUGGUCAAGCGAGAAGAUUGUAUAAAGGCCUUAAAAGCAGUCCACUCUAGAUUUUAUCUUUCAAGAACCACCAUAGCAAUGGGUAUCAUUGGACCUGGAUUGAUUGGUAGCACAUUACUUGAGCAGCUAAGGGAUCAGGCAGCUGUCCUUAAGGAAGAGUUUAAUAUUGAUCUGCGUGUGAUGGGAAUCACUGGCUCAAGGACAAUGCUUUUGAGUGAUGUGGGCAUUGAAUUAUCUAGAUGGAGAGAACUUCAAAAGGAGAAAGGAGAAGUGGCUGAUUUGAAAAAAUUUGCACAACAUGUGCAUAGGAAUCAUUUAAUUCCAAAUACCGUUUUGGUAGACUGCACAGCUGACUCUAUUGUUGCAAGCCAUUACUAUGAUUGGUUGCGGAAAGGAAUUCAUGUAAUUACCCCCAACAAAAAGGCAAAUUCAGGACCACUUAAUCAGUAUUUGAAGUUGAGAGCUCUUCAACGGCAAUCCUAUACGCAUUACUUCUAUGAAGCUACCGUUGGAGCUGGUCUUCCAAUCAUUAGCACUUUACGAGGUCUCCUUGAAACUGGGGACAAAAUAUUGCGGAUUGAAGGCAUCUUCAGUGGGACUUUGAGUUACAUCUUCAACAACUUUAUAGGUAAACGAGCUUUCAGUGAGGUGGUAGCUGAAGCAAAACAAGCCGGUUACACUGAGCCAGAUCCUAGGGAUGAUCUAUCUGGAACAGAUGUUGCUAGAAAGGUGAUAAUUCUUGCUCGGGAGUCUGGUCUAAGGCUAGAACUAUCUGAUAUUCCCAUUGAAAACCUUGUGCCUGAGCCAUUAAGAGCUAGUGCUUCUGCUGAGGAAUUUAUGCAAAAACUACCUCAAUUCGAUCGGGAUAUGGCUAAAAACCAACAGGAUGCUGAGGAUGCGGGGGAAGUAUUGAGGUACGUCGGUGUUGUUGAUGUGGUUAAUGUGAAAGGUGUGGUGGAGUUGCGAAGAUACAAGAAAGAUCAUCCAUUUGCACAACUCUCUGGAUCAGAUAAUAUAAUCGCCUUUACGACAACAAGAUACAAAAACCAGCCUUUGAUAGUCCGAGGACCAGGUGCUGGGGCUGAAGUCACUGCUGGUGGAGUAUUCAGUGACAUAUUGCAACUCGCCUCUUACCUUGGUGCUCCAUCCUAGUAACAUCAUUACACGCACGGUCCAUCUGUAGCACCUCUGUCCAGUAUAUUUUGCCUGCGGGGCAAUAUGUCGGUAGCUGAUAACUCGAUAGUUAGUUUGUAGGGUUUAUGUCUUGUUAUGUGGUGCUAAUAGUAGAUUCAUCUACUAAGCGGCUUUAAGAGUCAAAGACCAGAGAGAUUGUAACUGUACGAAGCAUUUUCCGAAUUGGAAAAAGUGUAGUUUUUAACUUUUUAAGAGUGAAGAUUCCGUGGGUGCA